AUGCUAGUAACAAGACUGUUGCAGCGUAACGUUCAAGACGAAUUUGGUGUCGUAGAUUCACUAGUUGUUUUGAAGAACCAGAUAGCAUCUCGCAUGAGCCAGUUGCAAACAUUAAUUGCUACGGAACAAGCUAAGCAAGUAAGAAACUCUACAAAUGCUACAGGAAAGUUGAAAGCGGCUACACCCGCAUCAAACGGUAAAGAUCUAUUGCUAAAACAAACAUCAGGCUCUCCCUCGCCGGGGCCUGUACUAUCUACCCUCGAAAACACAUCCCUUCAGCUGUUUAACUCUUCACUAGCUGAAAUAGAAACGUCUUUGCUCAAAAACUUGAAUAUCAAGAUGAGUGAUAUUCCCAGCAAUUCAAGGUCAUAUAAAGUACCCAUGAUAAAUAAAUCACAAAUCAAUCAAAUUGAGCAUUCUUUACAGUUGCUCAACUUCAAAGGAUCGGAUGACUUGAAACUACGAAAUGAAUAUUUAACCAAGUUGAACAUGUUUUACUAUAGUGAGAUGCUGGCUCAGCAAGAAGUCAUCAAAGAUGUAGUUUCCGUUGUAAAAGAUCUCGAAUCAGGCAUGGAAAAUAAUCCUAGGUGGACAAAAGUAAACCAGAUAAAUGACGAAUCUGUGCUUACUAUGGUAGGAGAGUUACAGCAGCGUAUCUCUGACCUAGAAAGAGAAAAGGUUCACAUGGAGAAUGAAAUUGUGAAAUUGAAAGAAAGAUGGAAUAACUUGGUUGAAGGUGCUCGUCGACGCAAAGAGCAAGAGAAAGAGUUAUACAUUAGCCGAACUGACAUAUCCCCCGUUAAUAUGGACCAUAAUAACUACAGCGACAAGCCCAAUUACAAUGAAUGA